UUCUUGAUUCUUUCUUUUUUCCUCUAUUGAAUUUUUUUUUUUCUUUCUCAUUCGUUGUUUCCUUUCAGGCAAAGAGAGGAAACAACGUUUCUUCUUCUCAGAUUCUUUACCUUCUUAAGGCAAAAACCCAAAAGAGAAAAGAUCAAAAUCUCGCAUUCAGAUUUUAGGGUUUCUGACAAAUUCUUCGGCGAAAUUCAAGAUCUAAACUUCGGCAAUGUCGACGAUUUCGCCGUCAUUGGCCGUAAUUUCGUUUCUUUUUCUGACUCUUCUGAAUCUAUCUUUGGUUAUCGCUGAUCCUUCGACGGAGAUUGUUAAAGGAGGAGAGAUUAGGUUACCUUCGGAGAAGAUCGACGGUGAAAAAAACAGAGGCGAAUUUUGUGAAGGAAUUGCUAAACCGGCUUCGUGUCCGGUUCAGUGUUUCAGGCCUGAUCCGGUUUGCGGUGAAGACAGCGUUACUUACUGGUGCGGUUGUGCAGAUGCUUUGUGCCAUGGUGUUCGUGUUGUUAAACAAGGAGCUUGUGAUGUUGGUAAUGGCGUUGGUUUGUCUGUUCCUGGACAAGCUCUGCUUUUGAUACACAUUGUCUGGAUGAUGCUUCUUGGGUUUUCUAUUCUCUUUGGCCUCUUUUGAUUUGGUUCGAGUCUUUUGUGAAUCAAACAACAUAUAGAGAUUGUUUAGGUUUUCUGAUUGCGACUGAUGAAUCUUUUUGUUUAUAAUCUUUUUCUUUAUUGCUCUGUAUUUGAAAAAUUACAUUAAAACUAUGAGGAAGUAUCAUUAUUUGUUUUGUUUCGUACAAAA